AGCAACCGGAAGUGGAAAGACGCACAUGUGGCUUUUCAAAACAGUGCGGUUGAAAGGCGAAAAGGAAUGUUUCACAUCUGCCUUACUUGACAUAUUUUACUGAUGUACCCGACUCCCUUGUAUGCCCAUGCUGGUCGUGGGCCUUUCUCUGGGGUGUAUGAGCCAGCAGAAGACUCCUUCCUUUUGAUUGAUGCCUUGGAAGUGGAUGCUGAUUUGCUGAGGCAAAGGAGACCUGCUGUUUGUCUGGAAGUGGGCAGUGGCUCAGGUGUGGUCUCUGCCUUCCUGGCAUCUGUGAUUGGACCUGAAGCGUUCUAUCUCUGUACUGACCUGAACCCGGCAGCGGCCGAAUGCACAGCAGAGACGUCUUGCUGCAAUAAGCUUGAUCUACAGCCAGUCAUUACAGAUUUGACUGAGUGUUUGUUGCCUAGACUAAAUGGAAAGGUGGAUGUUCUUCUUUUCAACCCUCCAUAUGUUGUUACACCGUCCAAAGAGGUGGGCAGUCAUGGCAUUGAGGCAUCUUGGGCUGGAGGAGAGAGAGGCAGAGAGGUGAUGGACAGAUUCUUCCCCAUGGUUCCCCAGUUACUUUCCAAUCAGGGCCUGUUCUACCUUGUUACAGUGUCAGAUAACAACCCAGAGGAGAUUUUAGCUCUUCUAGGGGAAUCUGGACUGAGAGGGAAGGUGUGCCUGUCCCGUCAGGCUGGAAGAGAGAAGCUGUCCAUCCUGCGCUUCAGCAAGAGUGACACGACCGGACAGUGAAUACUGAAAUCAGUAGUGUUCUACAUACUGACUGAAAUCCUCUUUCCAAAUGAGUGAAGGAGAGCUGGCCUGAGUUUCUUUUAAGUGUCAUGAAACAAACAGCAAUCUGAGCUCACUGAGAGGAGGCAGUGGAGUGGGGUGGUCUCCAGUGUUACUUCUUACCUCUUUAUUAAAUUCCUUCUCCAGACUUGCUCUGUGAGAUUCUCCAUGGGAAACCCUAUCCUGGCUAAAAGGUAUAGAGGUACAUGUAUCCCACUCAGUGAUGCUUCAGCUGAAAAGAAUUACACAUUACAUGAGCCAAAGAUUAUAUAGAAUUCAAGAUGUUCUAGUCUUUUUUUAAAUCCUGAUCUAUAUAUGCUGUAUCUGUAUUGAAACUGUGAUAAACAUGAACAAUAACUGACUUUUUCCUGUAUUUGGAAAAGAACAGAAAACCUUUUCACUCACAAGUCACUUAUAAUAGAAGCCAAUGGACAGUUGUUGAAUUUUGUGAAUAAGCUGAUUUAUAUAAUGCAAAUUUGAAACUACGACCAUUACUCUACAACAGCAGCACAGAAUUCAUCAACACACCAAAUUCUCUCUAGAGGCACAGAAGGCUCAAAACUGUCAACUAACCACUGCAAGAAAAUGACUACAGUUAUGUUACACUGGUUCAUUCUUAAACUUUCAUAGGAGAAAUAAAGUCCAAGACCAAAGUUG